UAGGCUUGAAAUCAGAGGCUUGAGAUUUUGCUAACACACUAUGCAUGUGCUUCUGAUAAUUGCCAAUGGCAACAAAUCUUGUUCCACUUUUUGAUUAUAGGGAAUUUUUUUAUCGACGGUCAUUUGCUCCGAUUCAACAGGAGGAGGAAUUGAACCUUGUUUAUUUUUUUUUGUUCAAAGGAAUUGCAGAAUCCUGGGAAAUUAUAACAGAGGUAUCGGCUAGCGCCUCUGAGUCCAAAUUUUUCUCAUCCAAGUGUCCACUCUCCUGUCCUCUAAUGAUUUGGUGCCGCUCUCAUUUAUUUUACAAUCGGGUUUGCACUGAUUGGGCUGGGCUGGGCUGUGGUCGGAUCAGGUGCAUUUGCGAGUCCUUCAGGGGUGAAGUGCCUGCUUCCUUUCCUCCAGUAACUUUGCGUCGACAUUGUUUUGGUCAACAGCUUCCUUGUCAUUCUGUGCCUAGACAUCCACUGCCAAGGAGCCCUAUUCCAAUAUUGCGAGUCUGCUCUCAAGCUCCCGACUCUAGACUUGAGUUGAGCAUUCUCAGCAUCACGCUUGGCGUUCCCCUCUAACCUGCUUUAGAAGCUCGGCUCAAUCUCAGCUUUCUCAGAUUCAAGCUUGGCGUUCUUAGCUUCAAGCUCACCAAUGUGCUGUCUCAAUAAUUCAAGCUCUGAUGAUAUGAUCUAUAACUAAUACAAAGACGUUGGUCACCCGGUACAUGACAAAG